AGUAGCAGCAGUAGAGGUAGUCGCCGCCGCCGCCGCCGCCUCUUGUCCCCGGGGCGCCCCUGCUUGAGGGGGAGCCACCUGGCCACGGGACGCCUGCCAGGCCCGGCUCAGUGGCCGGGGCUAGGCCCGGGUCAGCGCCGGCAGCCAGCUGGUUGGGCAGAGUGCCGCCGCCGCCGCCGCCCCUCUCGGUCGUUGGGUCCCCCUUUCUAAGCCCCGUCCUGGCCCUCGGGAGCCCCCGGCCGGCUUGUCGCCAGCUCCGGCCACGGCCCCGCGCGGCACGUGGGCGCAGGGGGCGCUUUGAGGGCAGGGCGCCUCGUAGCUGCCCCCGCCCGCAGCGGGCAGCCCUGGAGCGACCUCUGCAGCGAGAGCGACACCGGCCCCUGCCCUUGGCCGCGAGCUUGGCAGGCGGCCUUUCUGCCUGGGAGCGGCUUCGCUGCAGCUGCUGGCCUUCCCGAAUGCGCCUGGGCCACUGCUGGGUCUGCCCUGCCUGACCACCCUCUCCUGGCCUCCGCCGUGCGAUUCCCACCUUCCACUCCCUCUGCGCGGAGCUGACGCGGCUAUCCUGAACAUCUGCGCCUCCUGGGAAAGCCCUGCCCCACCGCCCCGCUAGAGGAACGCGGAGCAGACUUGCUCAGGUGUGUCCUGUGGACCACGAGCAAAGGAAAGGGAUGCCAUCCGCGCAGCCUCAACCUUACAGUAGGCUUAGCCUUGUUGACAGCCCGAGCCUGAGGGCUCUUACUCGAAAGUAAAUGUCCGUCGAGCAGCUGAGGCUGUUUUCGGUAAACACCCCAGCAGCUGAGUACCCACAGUAAAAUAAGCUAUAGACAGAGAAACAACAGCAGUAGUGAUAGUUCAGGGUUGUGACUGUUUUUCCUGUAACAGUUGAAAACCAGAAGUAUGUCGUUCUGUGAAAGCAGCUCACAGCCUUUCCAAAUACAGAGUUUUUGCAGCAUGAGCAAUAUGGUGCUGUUCUGCAGAGCCUAUAGCGCUGUUCCAGUCUCCAGCUGCUGAGAUUAGAACUCCUUGCUCCAAUAAAACAAGGACCUUUCUCAGAAAGAAAGAAAAAAGAUUGGGGUGGGAGCCUUAAUAAAGGAUUUCCUCCUAAAUCUGUUGCUUAGAGCCAAAAUUGACAUCUGCAUGUCCUUGAUUCCCAGGUGUAUUCCUUUUUUAAAUGAAUGUUGGGCCAUAUUGUAACUUACAGUUGCACACAGUUGAAAUCCAGCACUUCAGGGCCAAAUAAAUGCACUGUUCACACUAUCCCCUUCAAAUGUCUGUAUCAUGUAACCCAUGAAGAAUUGAAGAUCCUCAGUAAUGAGGGUUAUCUCUGCGUUUGGAGAUAUAGUCCUCAUGAUGUUGGCUACUGCAUUCUGUUAUUCCUAGUGGAACAAAAAUCACAGUCUAAUAUUAGGGCUGGAAUUUUAUGCACAUUUAACUUGGGAGCAAGCCCAGUGAACUGGACUUAUUUCUGAGUAAAAUAUGUUCAGGAUUGUGCUGUAGAACUUCCACACAUGCAUUUACUAUCAGGACUGUUGGUACAAAUGUUAUUUACAAAACCCUGUAAUGCAGCUUGACAACAGCCACUUGCCAGUUUGGGCUUUGAGAUUAGUGGCCAUUCACACAUUGACCUGAACUAUGACAUCAAGAGGAGGUUCUGGCACAUCGUUUUCACGGAAGAACUAUAGGUUAGGCACAGAACCUGAAAAGUCCAAGGGUGCAGGAAUAGUAAACAGCAAGCUUCUGAAUGAUUAUUUGUACCGCAUUUUCCCCAGUGCUGAAGAGAUUCAGUCUACUGCUACAUAUAGAAAACACCUGUCAUUUCAAAACCUACAGGAGCAUAUAGAACGACUGCUGGCAGAGAAUACUGGCUCAGAAGAUGGUCAAGAUCAGGUGGCAGAGGGCAGACUUGGUCCUUCUACGGUGGUGCUAGAUCACACAAGUGGAUUUGAGGGGCUCUUGUUGGUGGAUGAUGACCUUCUUGGGGUGAUUGGACAUAGCAACUUUGGCUCUAUUAGGGCUACUACUUGCGUGUUUAAAGGAAAAUGGAUCUAUGAGGUGCUGAUUUCAUCUCAAGGUCUUAUGCAGAUUGGCUGGUGCACUCUCAAUUGUCGGUUCAAUCAAGAGGAGGGAGUUGGAGACACUCCAGAUUCAUAUGCCUAUGAUGGGAAUCGAGUGCGAAAGUGGAAUGUAACCACAACUAACUAUGGUAAAUCUUGGGCAGCAGGAGAUAUUGUCAGCUGUUUGAUAGAUCUGGAUGAAGGAAGCAUUUCUUUCUGCCUAAAUGGUGUGUCUUUGGGGACAGCUUUUGAUAACAUAUCUCGAGGUUCUGGAAUGGCUUAUUUCCCUGCCAUUAGCCUGUCAUUCAAGGAAUCUGUUGCUUUUAACUUUGGCAGCCGCCCACUCCGCUAUCCAGUGGAGGGAUAUCGGCCCUUGCAGGACAAACCAGCUGCAGAUCUGGUGAAAGCCCAUAAGCUGUUGGGAUAUUUGAAGAAUGUUAUUCAUAUUGGAAUAGAAGUUACGGACGGCAGACUGGUGGAGAGAGACUCUUCCACAUGGCAACUUGGCGGGGAGCCCACAGUAUUGAUCACCUUGGCACACAUUUUUAACAACUUUUCCCCCCUUAUGUGCAAAGUGUACUUAGUAGAAGAUGUGCUUAUGAACUUCUUACUCAGCAUCCUGGAAGGGGGAGGGGCUGUGGAAGCUCACCCUCUUAUACAGCAGUUAUUGGAUCUCAUGUGGCUUCUCAUGGAAGAUUAUGAAGUACAUGAAUGCCUCAAACAGCUGCUGAUGUCUCUGCUCAGGGCUUACCGCUUCUCUCCCAUUGUUCCUGAUCUAGGCUUACAGAUUCACUACCUCCGUCUCACUAUUGCUGUCCUGAAGCAUGAGAAAUCAAGGAAGUACCUGCUCAACAAUGUUCUAUUUGAUGUGCUCCGCUCUGUUGUGUUUUUUUAUAUCAAGAGUCCCUUGCGUGUGGAGGAGGCCGGAUUACAGGAGCUCAUUCCCACCACCUGGUGGCCAAACCGCUUUAAUAAAGAGGGAAAAGAGAAUAAAGAGGUGAAGGAGGAAAGUGCUGAGGAGAGACUGAGGCGACGAGCAUAUGAGAGAGGCUGCCAGCGGCUCAAGAAACGCAUUGAAGUGGUGGAAGAACUCCAAGUGCAGAUAUUGAAGUUGCUUCUAAAUAACAAGGACAGAGGAGGGGGAGGAGCUUCCAGAUACAUCUUUCUAAACAAGUUCCGCAAGUUUCUUCAGGAAAAUGCAAGUAACCGAGGGAAUCUGACUGUGCUGUGCCCUCCAGAGUAUAUGGUAUGUUUUCUGCAUCGACUCAUCUCGGCCUUGAGACAUUACUGGGAUGAGCACAAGGUGAAGAACCCUUCAGCGCUCAGCAGUGAAGAUGCAUAUGUCCCCCCUCAACUCUUCUAUAAUGGGAAGGUAGAUUACUUCGAUCUCCAGCGACUUGGGGGGCUCUUAUCUCAUCUCAAGAAGACUCUCAAAGAUGACUUGGCCUCAAAGGCAAAUAUUCUGAUUGACCCUGCAGAACUUCAGGCUGUGACAAUGGAUGAUCUUGAUGAAGAUGAAGAGUCAGCAGUGUCAGCAGCACAACGUCCAGCUGCUGCUCUGGCCAUUGGAGGUGCCCUGGCUAGGCCAAGUUGGCUCAGUUCACCUACACUUGGGCGAGCUAACCGUUUCCUCAGCACUGCAGCUGUCAGCCUUAUGAACCCAAGACGGUCACCAGGCAGCCUGGAGAAGGUCAAAGUUCGCGCGCUGAACAUGGAACAGCGGACAGAGGAGGACAUUGAAGGCAGCCAUGGAAAUGAAGGCCUUUUAUUGGGGAAACCUGCAGAAGAGCCAGAACAACCAAUAACUGAGAACUCACUUUUGGAAAUCUUGGAUGGAGUAGUCAUGAUGUACAACCUCAGCGUGCAUCAGCAGCUUGGUAAGAUGGUAGGUGUUUCUGAUGAUGUGAAUGAGUAUGCCAUGGCACUGAAAGACACUGAAGAAAAAAUUAGCCGAUGUCCAAAGAGGAGAAGAGACAUCUAUGAAGAGUUGGUGAAGAGUCAGAAGGUUUUUUCUGAGAAGCUUAAUCACCUGAGUCGCCGUCUUGCCUGGAUCAACGUUACCAUUUAUUCAAAGGAGAAGAUGCAGGAUAUAUACUGGCUGCUGCGGGUGUGCAUCCGCACUAUUGAACACGGAGACAGGAUUGGCUCACUCUUUGCAUUCAUGCCAGAAUUUUAUCUGAGUGUAGCUAUGAAUAGCUAUAGUGCUCUCAAGAACUACUUCAGCCCUGUCAAUAGCAUGGAGGAGCUCCCAGGUUAUGAAGAGACUCUAACACACCUUGCUGCCAUUUUAGCUAAGCACUUUGCUGACUCGAGGAUUGUGGGCACUGAUAUCAGGGACUCUCUAAUGCAAGCACUGGCCAGCUAUGUUUGCUACCCUCACUCACUUCGUGCUGUAGAGAGGAUUCCAGAAGAGCAGCGAAUAUCCAUGAUGAGGAAUCUGCUGGCCCCCUAUGAGCAAAGACCCUGGGCCCAGACCAACUGGAUCCUUGUGCGACUGUGGCGAGGCUGUGGAUUUGGAUACAGAUAUACACGGCUUCCUCACCUACUGAAAACCAAGCCAGAGGAUGCCAAUCUACCCAGUUUGCAAAAGCCUUGUCCAUCCACCCUGCUGCAGCGACACAUGGCGGACCUACUGCGCAGUGAUCGUGAAAUGGCACCCAGUUUCCUCAACAGUGUCCUUAACCAACUGAACUGGGCCUUCUCUGAGUUCAUCGGCAUGAUUCAGGAGAUCCAACAGGCUGCAGAGCGUCUGGAAAGAAAUUUUGUAGACAGCCGCCAGUUGAAGGUGUGUGCAACAUGUUUUGACCUGUCAGUGAGCCUGCUCAGGGUCUUGGAAAUGACUGUUACUCUGGCUCCUGAGAUCUUCCUAGACUGGAGUCGCCCUUCGUCAGAACUGUUACUCAGGAGACUUGCUCAGCUGUUAAAUCAGGUACUGAAUCGGGUGACAGCUGAGCGGAACCUUUUUGACAGAGUGGUCAAUCUCCGCCUGCCAGGAUUGGAAAGCGUGGAUCACUAUCCAAUCCUUGUGGCUGUCACAGGAAUUCUGGUCCGGCUGCUUGUCGAUACUGACUUUCAAGGGGCUGAGCGGGCAACAGCUGUGCUGCUGGCAGAUCCCUGUUUCCAGCUCCGUUCUAUUCAGUACUUGCUGGGCCACACAGAGCCUUUAGUACUGGGAAUGGCAUCAUCUUCUGCUGACAAGAAGCAUUUCUCCCUACAGAGUUACACUGAUUAUAUCAGCCAGGAAGAGCUGGCCAAGGUAGAGCAGAUGCUGGGCCACCUGAGUGAAGAGUCCAAACAGGCUGCAGCAUCCACCUUGCCCACCAGUGAGGAGGACCUGUGCCCUAUCUGCUAUGCGCAUCCAAUCUCUGCCGUAUUCAAGCCAUGCUCCCACAAGUCUUGCAAAGCCUGCAUCAACCAGCACCUGAUGAACAACAAGGACUGCUUCUUCUGCAAAGCCACCAUUACGGGUGUGGAUGAUUACAUUAAGCCAGCCACCUCCUAGUGCCUGGACCCUGCAGGGCAGGGCCACAUGCCUGGGCAGCUUCUCCACUGUGGACUUUCCCUGCUCUGAGAGCACCUCUGUCAAAGGCGGCUGCUGUCCAGCACAGCUGAGCUCAGUUUUAUUUAUAACACCUCUCUCUCAGGCCAGGCCCUGCUGUAUGCAUGAGCUAGGCCAAAUCAUACCCCUCAGUCCCCCUGAAUUUAGUACACUUCCUUGUUGCUGUUAUUGACGCCACACCUACAGGUGUUGGGUGUGUACAAGAGGGCCGAAUGGGCUUGGGUUCUCUGCCUCUGCCUGAACCUGUAGCUCCUCUCUUCUAUCUGCCCCAGGAAGCCUGUCUUGUGCUGUGGCUGAGACCCCUCCUUGCUGGUGGGGUAAGAGCGGAUCCCCAGCCAGAGUUUCUCCUGGGAGGUCAGCUGCCCUACCCAGCCCAGGGUGUGCUUGCUGCUGCAGUGCUUUGCUGUUUGACUGUCUAUGUGUGGCUCAGAGCUGGUUCAGAUAUUUAGGCUGGCAGUCAGUGCAGUGCCCUAUAUGACUAUACAUGUGAUAUGUUGGCUUUGGAGAUGGGUGGAGAUCGUGACAUGGAGAUGUGUCUAACAAUUGAUUCUUCCCACUCACCCCUUGUAUGUAGAGACGGUACCACGAGAAGAAAGGACUGUCCCAUGCAGUUGCCUAAAAUUUUGACCCUGCUCUUUGUACAUCUAGCUCCUUUCCUUUGAGAGCGAGGGCAGCUGGACACACAUGACAGAAAGACACCAGGCUGGGCUUUUGUUCUGUGUUGCUUAGGGAUGCAGAGCCGAAGCCCAUACUACCAAAGAGGAAUGAGGGCAGGAGGCGUAUCAGAUACAGGAGGGCCAGAAUUUGGUCAUUUCAUUGUGUUGCUGUUUGGAGAAAUACUUUCUAGGUUGGUUUUAUGGGCCACUGGAGUGGUGAACCUGACUUCACUGCUACCUUACACCAGCAGAGGGUGCUCUUGCCACCAGCUCUUCACUGUGUGACCAGGCUGCCUGUACUAUCCAGGAACAGAUGAGGAUGUGUUUUAUUUUUAUUUUUAAACUUACUGUGUGUGAUUUGUAACCAGGAGUGUUGAGGACGGCAGCAAGCAUUGUGCUUGGAGCAAGGAAUUUAACUUAUGUGCAUCUAUGAUUGUGUCUCCCCCACCCACCCACCCCUUAUCCCUCCAAGACUGGAGGGGUGUUACUUCCAUACAAUGGAAUAUUAUUAAAUUAUUAUUCCUUA